AUGAGCGCCGACUGGCCGCCCACCCGCAACUGGCCCUGGGCCGCGAGGCGCGCCCGUGGCAUGGCGGUCAACCCCAGGUGCGUGCCAUGCACGAGGCACGAGGCGGCGGUCGCUAGCCCCUCUCACAGAGAGGACGCCUUUCUGGCUGAGAUCUGCCACAAGGUCCAGGAAAUCGUGUUGUCGCUCCUGGGGCUUAAGAACAUUUUUAACUUCUCCCAAAUUACUUUUAACCCGGCUCUCACUACCUUCAGCCGCCUACUGGUUUCAGUAAAGAUAAGAGAGAGAUUACUCCAUUGUGUCAUGAUUACUUGCUUGAGACUUGCUGCCACAUUUAACGAAGAAGAGGAGUUAAUUCCACGCAUAAAAGACUUCAUAAAGCACUACGGCUCUGGCUGUACCCCGGGCGAGCUGCUGAGGGUGGAGCUGGCUAUUUUGGACAGACUGCAUCGGGACCUCUAUAUUGGGAUACCGCUGGACUUCUUGACCAUUGAAAGGUAUGGGGUUUUCUGUUCUAACAUUAAAAACCACGGUCUCUAGUUCCAUGCCCUGGUGGUCCUGGGCUGGCCCCACGUGGUGGAGCUGCUGCCUCAGAGGAAUCCUUCCCUCCACGUCGCGUCCCUGACCAGGCAGCUGCAGCACUGUAUGGCGGGCCACCAGCUGCUGCAGUUCAAGGGCUCCACACUGGCCUUGGUCAUCAUCACCUUAGAGUUGGAGAGGCUCAUGCCCGACUGGUGUACUCCUAUAUCUGAUCUGCUAAAGAAAGCACAGGUCAGUUGUGAGCAGUUGAGCCACUGCAAGGAACUUGUAAAGCAGCACCUGAGAAGUUUGUAGUCCUCUUCCUGCUCAGACAACUUUGUUUCACUUCCCAGCCUCUGUGCCCCUACCCUAGUACCCUUUAGAGCAUCAUGGCAACCCCUUCUUGCUGGGAUGCCUCUAAAUUCUAGGCUUUAUGGAUCCUGUAACAAUAAAGGAAGAAGGCACUGGAAGGCAACUGAGAAAAAGCUCCCGAGUCUUGAGAAGGCAGUAAGGAGAAAAAAGGCAGGUCGGGGGUCCCUUUUGGGAAGGGUGGUCUGACAGAUCAAGACCCUGCUCUCUUCUCUCCCAUGGGUCCGAGACCAGCAUGAAUGAAUGAAUGGUCAUACUGCACCUUGGUUUUCCCUUCUCCUUCAGCAUGGACUGGUAGUGGCCCGUAAGGGAACUGGAGUCAGGCCAGCAGUGGGCCUUGCUCAGGACCGAAGGGCCGGGCUGGUUCUGACUGACCAGCUUGUGCUGCUCCACCUACGGAGCUGGCCAGGUUCUGUCAGCUUCCCAGACUUCUGGGAAGUGUAGCACUUCAAGUGCCACCGACCUUGCCCAUCAUGGCAAAAAUGGGACCAUUUCUCCAAAUGAAUGUCCCCUGACUUGGCCAUGACUUAGGUCUUCUCUUCAUAAGACCUGGAUCAUAAAGUAUGCUUUGUUCAAUGUACAGUAACUUGGUCAAGCUUCACACAUGUUUGUCCUUUGUUACUCUUAAGCAAAGUAGUUUACUACCUUAGAGGAAUUUUAUGUUUAAGAAUGAUCUCAGCAGCUGACCCCUGAUGGGGAAACACAGCUCUGAGAGCUUUAGGUCGAGAUGAGCAGGUUCUGAGGCUGAGGCUGCUCCCAACAUGGCACUGCUAGAAGGAGAUGACUGGCACAGCCGUGAGGGAGAAGCCAACUGUCUCUAGGACAGCAGGACACUACAGAGCCAUUGUCUGGGCAGGAGAGUCCAGCAGGCAGAGCUGCCCCCUGGAGCUGUGUAAGCAGCGUCGGGAAUACGAAUGACAGAACCACACACUUCACAGUGAUUUCUGAAGUCUUGCCACCCUGAGCAGUUUUUUGUAAACAGGCUAAGCUGUGAGGAAUACGACCUGCUGCUAGAUGCAGAGAGGUCACAGACCAGGUAGACUAUAACAGUGCACGUAUGAAUCUCUACCUAUUGUCCACACAAAUUUGCCUGGUGGAGCUUCUGUAAAAAUAAGGUUUAAUUCCUUUCAACCUCAUCAGAAUCUUAUUUUAAAGGUAUUGGAUAU